UGCAAGCGGAAGUUCAAUGUUUCAUUGCGGAUAGGGCAUGACGCUAACAGAUUGCAAUAGCCAGAAAAAUAAUGGCCUCAUCGUAGUUAAAUACUAGCUAGUAUGCCGUCUGUAUUUAAUUUAACAUUUAAGAAGUCCACAUAUUAGCUUGCCAUAUUUGUCCGUUACAGAAAAGCUUUGUAACAUUACUUCACGGGAACCUCGGUAACGUUAGCUAGCUAGCUACCUGACGUUAACGUUGGACGAGGACAGUGGCAAGCGAUGACGCUUAGGAGAACCAGCCGACAUCCUCCUCCUCGGACAUGUCCAGUUUUGCUAGCCAUCUUUCUGCUAAUUUUGAGUGUGCAGUUGGUGAGAGCAGCUUCUGAAUAUGACCCCUACAAAGUCCUUGGUGUCAGCAGGAGUGCGAGUCAAGCAGAAAUCAAAAAGGCAUACAAGACCCUCGCCAAAGAAUGGCAUCCAGAUAAGAACAAGGACCCUAAAGCUGAGGACAUGUUCAUCAAGGUUUCUAAGUCAUACGAGAUUUUGUCUAAUGAGGAGCGAAGGUCCAACUUUGACAACUAUGGCCAGAUGGAUGAAAACCAGCCCUUCGGCCAGUCACAGCAUCAUGGUUUCCGCGGCUUCCGAAACAGCUUUUACUUUGAUGAGUCUUUUUUCCAUUUCCCCAGGUCCAGGGACUUUGCAGACAGCAAGUACCUGCUUCACCAUGCACAGUUUAACAGCGACGUCCUUCCAGACAGCCACAAGAGGCCGUACCUAAUCAAAGUGACCUCGGAGUGGUGCUUUGCAUGUAUCCACAUUGAGCCUGUGUGGAAGGAGACUGUGCAGGAGCUGGAGCCGCUGGGUGUUGGCAUUGGCAUUGUGGACCUGGGUUAUGAGCGUCGCCUGGCCAACCAGCUGGGAGCUCACCGCGCUCCCUCCAUCAUCGGGCUGGUGAACGGCAGGGUGACCUUCUUCCAUCAGGCUGUGGUACGGGAGCACCUGCGACAGUUUAUUGAAGACCUGCUGCCCCAGAAACUGGUGGAAAAGAUCACAGAUAACAACUACCUGGCUUUUCUGGAUAGCUGGCAUGUGGAAAAUAAGCCCAGCGUUCUCUUGUUUGACCAAGUCCCGAUUGUUCCCCUACUCUUUAAAUUAACAGCUUUUGCCUUCAAAGAUUAUGUGCGUUUCGGCUACGUGGACCAGGGUGACACACACAACACUCGGCUACUGCGGCAGUUCAACAUAAACACAUACGCCCCCACCAUGCUGCUGUUUAAGGAGGAUACGGAAAAGCCCGUUGACAUCAUCCAGGCCAGAGGGAUGAAGCGGCAGAUAAUGGAUGAGUUUGUCUCCAACAACAAGUUCCUGCAGGUGCCACGGCUGGUCAACCAGCAGCUUUUUGAUGAGCUGUGCCCUGUCAAGCAGUUCCACCGACGGAGGAAGUACUGUGUGCUGCUGAUCACAGGGGAGGACCAAGCCUUUCUUCCAGGCAGUAAGGCCUUCCUGGACUUCGCAUCAGUUAACAGAAAAGACGUUCUGCGGUUUGCGUACGUCUACCAGCACCAGCAGCAGCCUCUCUGUCAGGCACUGCUCCAUAACCAGGCUGCACUCUCCCCUCAGGUGGUGAUUCUUGAGAGGCGGAGCCACGGCGGUAAGGUCAUGUACCGCUCUGUGAGUGGUGGCUGGAACGGCAGUGAAGAAGAUAAGUACCGCCUCCACGAACAGCUGGAGCUCCUUCAGAAAGACCCCACCUAUUUGAGCUCAGACGCCACCCUGCCAGAACUCAACAACGAGAUGGCCCCCAUUUUCAUUAUUCAGUGGAUGAAUGCUGCCUAUGACUACAUCCUUCAAAUAUAUGAUGACCUUCUCUACUCAAACUGGCGAGAGAUGAUGCCCAUCCUUUCGUUGAUCUUCUCAGCUCUCUUCAUUCUUUUUGGCACCGUCAUCAUUCAGGCCUUCAGUGAGCCAGGUGAGAGCAAACCCCGGAAACCAAAGCCAAAGGACCAACAGCAAACUGAGGAAGACGCAUCAAGUAGAGCCAGUACUUCAAGCCGUCCUCCUAAGAAGGACUUUGUGGAAGUGACAGAGCUGACAGACAUCACGUACAUCAGCAACCUGGUCAAGCUGAGGCCUGGCCACAUCAACGUGGUGCUGGUGCUCACCAACACCUCCAAGAAUGCCCUGCUCAGGAAAUUUGCCAAGGAGGUUUUUUCUUUCUCCGGGACUCAGACCCUCCACUUCUCUUUCCUCAACGCUGACAAGCACCGCCACUGGAUGCCAUCACUCCUUCGCUCAACGUCUGACUCGAUGCAGAGCGAGGGCCAUUCGGACGUGGACGAGGAGUCACCGGACUACGCUGGCCACGUCCUGGCCCUCAACGGCCACAAGAAAUACUUUUGCCUCUUUAGACCCGUGUUCACAGGGGACGAUCCCAACGACUCCUCGUCUGAGACCUCGUUCUCCUUUGACAGCAGGAGAAAGUCCCGGUCCAGGUCCAGGUCCAGCUCCAGCUCCCACUCUCGAUCCAGGUCCCAUUCCAGGGAGGAUGGGGUCGGACCCAAGAGGGGCUCCAGUAGGGCCACAAGCAUAGAAGUCCACCACAAGCUUGACAGGCUGGGACUGUGGAUGGAGAGGCUAAUGGAGGGCACCCUACCCAGAUUACAGGUGCCUGCAUGGCCCUCUCUGGGUGAAACCACUAACUCCUCCACAGAGACCUGAGCUCAAAGUAAGAAAGGUUGGAACGCUAGUGGAUACACACGUUGUGGGCUUGCCUCAAGAUUAAGUUCAUUAGCAAGAAAACUGCAAAACGAUGAUGCCAUUUUCAAAUAAUGAUUUAAGUUCUCUGUCGCAGAGGCAGGUUGCCGCGCUGAACUGUUGUGACCCGUUUACAGAAUGUCUUAUUUUAUCUGUCAGAUCUGUGAAGCAGAUGGGAAAUGAUGGCGUAGAGUAGAGUGCUACCACAAACCUUUUAAAAUGAGCUCAUUGAGGCGAAGGUAAAGGCCACGCUGCAUGAUGCCGCUUCAUGUCUUCUGUACAGAGACCGAAGGAGGCAAAAGGAGAGACUAGGAAAACGACCAAAGCUGUAGUACAAACAUUAACAGUCUAUCUUCACACACACAGGUGGUGUUGAAGGCGGUGUACUGUCCCUGGUUAUAGGCCAAUAAGCAUCAUGGUACAGACGUCCGCCGUGGUUAGCUGUGUGUGUGCCUAUGACUUAUGUGUGUGUGUUACAGAUUAACUCCAGUUCCUACUGUUGUUUCCCUCUCUUUUUUUAACUCUUGUCUCUCUACAUUUAUUACGUGAAUUCAUACAGCUCGGAAUAACGCAAUUGAUUUGCUCUACUUGAGUGCUUUGAGCCCCCAAUAGCCUCUAACGUUAGCUUUGAGCCUGAACACAUCUUUACAAUUGACAACCCUCCUUUUACGUCCGUAUGUGGAAGCAGGUUAAUAUGUAUAAAGGUUUGGAAACAAAGCCUGAUGCACUGAGUUUAUAGAUACAUUUUUUUACUUUUAGGAGCCUUCAGUUGUUUGCUGUUAUAGAUCCGACACCACCUUUUUUAAUUCCAGGCAUUAAGAUAUAGAGUAUUUCACAGCAUUAUAAGCAAAUUUGUUAAGGAAUUUAACAUUAAAUAUGCUACCAGCUAAGUUUAAAUUUUUUUGGAUAAGUAGUACCCAAAAUGUUUAAAUCUGCCUUUUUUAUCUUUACACUCGUUUUGUUUCUUGAUUUCACUUUUUUUUUUUUCAAUUGUCUGAAUCAGGGUCAAAAGAUAAAUCCUACCAUAAUAUACUUGCCCUUUUUAAGCCUGUGCCAUAAACCACUGUAAAUAUCAAUGCAUGGGAUACGUAGACCUAAAGUCACUAAUAAAUAUUUUAGUGAAUUUGCACUGGCAACUUAAAUGCUUCACCCUGUCUCUCUCUUCCUUUUACUCUGUAAUUGAAUAAUUUGCUCCUCAACAAAUACUGUAUGCGGUACACUGUAACUUGUAAUCAUUGUUCUCGUAUGUCCUUUGAACUUCAUUUGUGUCUAUAUGUCAGAAAUGAAGUGUAAAUUAAUAAAAGAAACUGUUAAAAACA